CAGACAGUGAAAGUGAGAGGAAGAGAUUGUGUGAAAGCGAAUGUAGAUUACGGGUUUCUCUCUGUACCCAUUUCCCAUAUUGAAGACAACACACGCACACACAAAGAAUCAUAUCAAUCCACUCCAUAUAUAUACAUACAGAGAAAGAGAGGGAGGUGUAAGCAUGCUUUGUCGGCCAUUAGAGCUUCAAUGAAGAGCUCUCAGCCCGCCUCGCCCGCCCUUGAUUUCUCUUAAAGCUUUUUUCUUUUUUUCCCUUUACUAUCAUUGCCGUUUAGAACAAGAAGUGUCCUGCUGUUCUUUUGCUUCUUCAAGAAAUGCGCACGCAACUUCCAUUGAAUCAAUAAAAUAUACUCCUUGGUGAUAAAGAAAAGGGGAAAGAAAAGAAAUCUCUGAUUCCUUGCAUAUUUUGAGAUUCCCAAUUUUUUUUUCUUUUUUCUUUUUUGUUGGCUUCUCCCUUAAACAAAGCCUCAGCCUUUUCCCCUUUUCCUCUUCUCAAAUCUUGCAUGUGAGCAAGAUUCCACUUUUCACGCAACAUAUUCAUGGUUUUAAUGGUUUUUGCCUUGUCAUCAUCAAAAGGAGUCACCUGAGCAGAGUCUUGAUUGGGUGUUGCUGUUGUGGGGGGUGUCUCAGAGAUUAUAGGUUCUUAUGAUGCCUGGGAUGUGUAAAUCAAGAAAAGGCUUUACUUUGGUUUGGAUUGGAGUUUUGAUGGCUUCUGUAUUGGUGGUUUAUCACUCAGAAGGGUUGAAUUUUGAAGGGAUGUACCUCCUGGAGUUGAAAAAGAGCAUUCAUGAUCCCCAUAACAAUCUGGCAAAUUGGAACCCUAAUGAUGAAACACCAUGUGGGUGGGUGGGUGUGAAUUGCAGUUCUGCCUAUAAUAAUCCUGUUGUGGAGUCUCUUGAUCUGCAAUCAAUGAAGCUUUUGGGGACUUUGAACUCUAGUAUUGGUGGCCUUGCCUUUCUAACUAGUCUGGACCUUUCUUUCAAUGGAUUCACUGGGAGCAUCCCCAAGGAAAUCGGGAAUUGCUCGAGAUUGGAAUUCCUUUUGCUGAGGAAUAAUCAAUUUGAUGGGGCUAUUCCACCAGAGUUGGGUAAUCUGUUUAAUCUUGCACUUUUGAAUUUGAGCAACAACAUGAUUUCGGGUCCUAUUCCUGUCGAGAUUGGGAAGCUUUCUUCCCUGGUUGACUUUGCUGCAUUCACAAACAAUCUCACUGGCCCUUUGCCUCCGUCUCUUGGUAAUCUCAAGAAUUUGCAGACAUUUCGAGUCGGGCAGAAUGCAAUUUCUGGAAGUCUGCCCAGAGAGUUAGGUGGCUGUAAGAACCUGGAAAUUCUUGGUCUUGCUCAAAACCAACUCGGAGGAAAUAUCCCGAGAGAGCUUGGAAUGCUUACUUGGUUGACUGAAAUUGUUCUUUGGAAUAACCAAUUGUCUGGCUCUAUCCCGCGGGAAAUUGGGAAUUGUACCAGACUUAUAACGCUUGCUUUGUACCAGAACAAUCUGGUCGGGGAGAUUCCGGCUGAAAUAGGAAAUCUCAAGUCUCUGCAGAACUUGUAUCUCUACAGGAAUCAGUUGAAUGGAACAAUUCCAAGGGAGCUCGGGAAUCUCUCUUCAGUAAUUCAAAUUGAUUUCUCUGAGAACUAUUUGAUAGGAGAAAUCCCGAGAGAGCUGAGUCUGAUAAAGGGGCUACAGUUAUUGUAUCUGUUCCAGAACCAACUCACAGGCGUUAUACCAAACGAGUUCAGUAGUUUAAUAAACUUGACCAAGCUUGAUCUGUCGAUUAAUUACCUCACAGGUCCUAUUCCAUCUGGCUUUCAGUAUCUAACUAAAAUGGUCCAAUUACAGCUUUUCGACAACUCUUUAAAUGGCACCAUUCCUCAAGGGUUUGGAAUUUAUAGUCGACUGUGGGUGCUUGACUUUUCUGACAACAACCUCACCGGAAGAAUUCCUCCUCAUGUCUGUUACCAUUCUAAUUUGAUUUUGCUGAAUCUAGGCUCAAAUAAACUUUACGGGAAAAUCCCACCUGGUGUCACCAAUUGUGCUUCAUUAGUACAACUUCGUCUCGAUGGCAACAGGCUAAUCGGGGAUUUCCCUUCUGACUUGUGCAAAUUGGUAAACCUGUCUGCUGUUGAAUUGGGUGAGAAUAAUUUCGGUGGUGCAAUACCUUCAGAGAUCGGGAACUGUCAAAAGUUGCAAAGGCUGGAUCUUUCUGGCAAUUACUUCUCGUCUGAGUUGCCGAGGUCAAUAGGAAACCUGACUCAGCUUGUGACUUUCAAUAUCUCGUCUAAUUUUUUCACUGGAAGGAUACCGCCCGAAAUUCUCAACUCUAAAGCACUACAAAGGCUCGAUCUCAGCCACAACAGGUUUGUAGAUGCUAUUCCAGACGAGCUUGGGAAUCUUUCACAGCUAGAACUCCUUAUGCUUUCAGAAAAUAAGCUAUCUGGAAGGAUACCAGCAGCAUUAGGCAAUCUUUCUCACUUGACCGAACUUCAGAUGGGUGGAAAUCUGUUAUCCGGUGAAAUACCAUCAGAGUUAGGCUAUUUGACGGGCUUGCAGAUUGCAAUGAAUCUUAGUAACAAUAAUCUCUCGGGUGUCAUACCACCCGAGCUUGGUAAUCUUAUAUUGCUCGAGUACCUUCUGCUCAAUAACAAUCACUUGAAUGGUGAGAUUCCAAGCACAUUUGGGAAUCUGUCGAGUCUUAUGGGUUGUGACUUCUCAUAUAACAACCUCAGCGGCCCGUUGCCUGAUGUACCGUUGUUCAAUAAUAUGAGCCUUAGCAGCUUUGUUGGGAAUAGCGGUCUUUGUGGCGGGCCUCUUGGAGGAUGCAAUGAAUCUAUUACUUCCAGUUUGAAGCCCCCUCUUGUAACAAGCACGGGUGCUUCUCGAGGGAAGAUUGUUACAGUGGUUGCAGCUGUGAUUGGCGGGGUUUCUCUCGUUCUAAUUGUGGUCAUCUUGUAUUUUAUGAAGCGGCACCCAGUUGACAUGGCUGGAUCUUCACAGGAUAAGGAUAUUUUAUCCCCGGCAUCAGACAUCUAUUUCCCUCCGAAAGAAGGGUUCACUUUGCAGGAUUUAGUCGAAGCCACGAACAAUUUUCAUGACAGUUAUGUCAUAGGAAGGGGGGCUGUUGGGACGGUUUACAAGGCAGUGAUGCAGUCUGGGCAAACUAUAGCGGUGAAGAAGCUGGCUUCCAAUCGAGAAGGCAAUAACAUUGAGAACAGUUUCCGAGCAGAGAUUUUGACCCUCGGGAGGAUUAGGCAUCGGAACAUUGUCAAGUUACAUGGCUUUUGCUACCACCAGGGUUCCAAUGUGCUUCUUUAUGAGUACAUGGAGAAGGGUAGCUUGGGUGAAUUGCUGCACGGGGCAUCGUGCAAUUUAGAUUGGCCUACCCGCUUCAUGAUUGCUCUAGGGUCCGCUCAAGGCCUUCUUUAUUUACACCAUGAUUGCAAACCGAGAAUCAUCCACCGUGAUAUAAAGUCCAACAAUAUUCUCCUUGAUGAGAAGUUUGAAGCCCACGUUGGCGAUUUUGGUUUGGCAAAAGUUAUCGACAUGCCCCAGUCUAAGUCCAUGUCUGCCGUUGCUGGAUCAUAUGGCUACAUUGCACCCGAGUAUGCGUACACUAUGAAGGUUACAGAAAAAUGUGAUAUUUAUAGUUACGGUGUUGUCCUACUUGAGUUGAUAACGGGAAGAGCUCCCGUGCAGCCACUAGAUCAGGGAGGCGAUCUUGUCACAUGGGUGAAGCACUAUAUUCGUGAACAUAAGUUCACACGGGGGAUACUUGAUAGCCGAUUAGACCUGACAGAUGAAACCACGGUUAAUCACAUGCUUAGUGUUUUGAGAAUCGCUAUGCAUUGCACGAGUAUGUCUCCUUUCGACCGCCCAUCAAUGAGGGAAGUCGUGAUUCUGCUGAUCGAGUCUAAUGAGCGGGAAGGUAACUUCAUUUCGUCUCCAGUUUAUGAUCUCCCUCUCAAAGAAGGUACGUUGUAGUAAAAAAAAAUGCGAGGAAUUGAAUGACCUUUGAUUGACUAUGAUCGAUCAAUUUGGCAGUGCUAGCUAAUUUUUCCUUGUAUUAUUAUUCAAGUUAUAGGAAAUAUAAUGUAUAUUUUUUCUUCUUUGGAAAGGUUAUCGUCACUGAUCUGAUUACUACACAAUAUAUAUGCAUUUUUCUGUAGAAAAUGAUUGUAUUCAAAGAUCAGAGUUGCUUUGAACAUAUAUAGUUGCUUGAAGCAUGUUUCAAUUCCAUAGAUCAUCCAUUUUUCAAUUCCAUAGAUCAUCCAUUCUAUAUUGAA